AUGGCCGCGCCGCCCAAGGAUUCUCGCCGGGGCCUCGCGCAGCCGCACCCUUCCCCUUCACGCGCCCCCCAUGCCAUCGUUUCUAUGGGUGCUCAAAUCCAUGGCUCUGGCGGCAAUCGGCAAGCCGUAGGCCGGAUGAGCCGGCAGCGUACAGAGAAGGGGACGGAGGUGGAGGUGGAGGUGGAGAGCACUGCACCAACAAAGGGAACCCGGGAGCAGCUCCUCGCGAAAAUCCUCCAUCGCAUCAAAUUUUUGAGUUCUUCCAGAACUUCGGCGAGAUUGCUUCUGCACUGUUCGUCACAGGACGAUUUGUGCAGGUCCAUACUUCCUUUUUCCAAUGUAUUGCGCGGUCGAGGUCUCUACCAAGGAUACCCUCCCUGGGGUGUUCCGCAACUUCGUGGACUGCGUCUGCUCGCCCAACGCCAGUGGAGAUCCGCUGCUGCAACACCUCAAGGAAGCGUCCUGCAACACGGCGCAACGGCCGCAGGAUUGUCCUUCAGGAACUCGGCACCUGGACCUAGGCAGGGCAACGUCGUCUGUGCUAUCCUUGUCAUCCUGACUUGUGCAGGUCCAUGCUUCCUUUUUUCGAAGUCUGCGCGGUCGAGGUCUAUGGAAAGGACGCCCUCCCUGGGGUAUUCUGCAACUUCAUGGACCGCAUCUGCUCGCCCGCCAGUGGAGAUCCGCUGCUGCGACGCGUCGAGGAAGCAUCCUGCACGACGUAGCGGCCGCGGGGUCAUCCUUCAGGAACUUGGCGUGCGACCUGCUCACCUAGACUUGGCAGGGCAGCGGCGUCUGUGCUAUCCUCGUCAUCCUGGUGAGCCAUACUUUUCCCAUCCAUCUGUUUGGAAACGGAAAAGCUGUAUUACUUCAUUCAUUCAUCUAUCUGGAGGUCCUAGAAAUUGAGGCAUGUUGGAUGCAGUAUUAGCGGUUGGAUUAAUUGUGCUCAGCACCACCAAUGUUUUUCUUGAAAAUAUGUUUACAUGCUUCUGUACAGUUAAAUGAUGUGCUUGCUUGUUA